GUCAAAGGCAGAUACCAAUAUCCACAUCUAAUCAAGUCUCCUAAAAGCACCGACCCUUGAAAAUCUACUUGGGCACUCGAAUAACAGAAAAUUCUCCCACUCUUCAAGAUCCUUUUUCAGAUGAAUCUAUCACUCCCACCUCCCCUUCGAAGCAAGCUCGGCGGAAAGCGCGAUUGGAUGCUCAAGCCAAAACAAGACCUGAAACCAGCAGUAAUCGGAUCCCAGGAACCAACCAAAAUGCGAAUUGCAUUGCUCAGUGUGACGGAAGCUGGCCUGGGUAGAGAGGUAUAUUACGAUCGAGGUUACGGUAAUGGAGAGCCAUUCGACUGGAACGAUGCGAGCGACAUUUUUCUCUUGAACGACUGGAGACGAGAGAAGAUUCGAAAAUACACGCCCAGAGACUUGGGAAAAGCAGAACGCACAAAGGAUGUUAGAAGUCAGCUUCUCGAGAAUGCAAUUGUCAGAAAGCCAAGUAUUUCCAGGGCAGCGAUAGAGCAGCUUCAAAAGCCGCAGAUUGCCCAAAACUCGAGGCCGAAUGAAAUCAGAGAGCCUGUACACCACAAAAUAGAUCUAGAUAAAGAAUUCAUCACAAUGAUCACCCGUGGAAGAGAGAUCAAGAAAUUUCGUGCUCAGAAACGCAGAGCAGCACGCCACGUAACACCAAGACUUGCAAAUGGCCGCCGCCAGAAUCUAUCCACUCGUCAUGGACCAAUAGAGUAUCUUCCUGUCAAUCUUGAAAGGCUCAAGAGCUUGACACCAAAGCAACAGCGACGCCAUCAAGAUACGCACGUUAAAAACUGGUUCGUGAUUUUUAAGAUGAUUGAGGAAUCUUUCGACUUGCCGAGCCGGGAGAUUGGAGUCCAGUAUAAUCUCUGAGUUUCUUGACUUGGCCCCAAGUAAGGGUUUAAUCUUCUGAGAAAAUGCCUGGUGUUUUUUGUAACUUCGGUAUCGGGUAAACUUCAACGAAAAUUAUGCCGUACGUUUUCUAGGUUAUUGGAAAUCGAUCGAUAUCACUGGCAGAUUAGGGGAUCAUUCUAUAGACACGUACAAGAGCAGUUACAAUGGGAAAACACUGGUAAAAAUUGGCUUGUUUUGCACAGUGGCUAGCACUUUUCUUACUCCAGUUGUAUCAAUAAGAUAAACUAUGGGAGAUUAAAUUCACAAUAAGGCAAUCACA